AUUCAGUCAGGUGCGAGGCACCGAAUCACACGGGCGUGUUUUAUUCUCUGUUGUAUUUUAUGAAGGAAAAAAAGAAGAAUUUUGUUUUCAAUCGGCAGUUUUGAUUUUCAAAUAAUUUUUUGAUUUUUUUAUUUUACCUGGUUAAGUUUAAAAAGUGAAUUCUAUGAAAGCGAAAAAAUAUUUGGUCAACGAAGUAUUCGAAGGUUUCAAUUACAAUUGUGCGACGAAAGUGACGGAUUUGGAUUAUUUUGCCGAUAAAAUGGCCCAUCUAUCUCCUCCACCCUCACCACCAGUCAUACAAAGUCAAAAAUAUCCAAUCAUGGGCCACUUAUCACUCGAAAAGAACACAUUACCACUGAUGGAAAAAUCCCAGUUUGCCGCUACAUUCGCCCACAAAUGGAAUACAAGAGAUAUCUCAAUUCUGUACAAUCCCUUGCUCUAUUCGAAUCCGUUAUUUUGGCCUCCUCUUUUUCUUCCAUAUUCACAUGGGGCAUCACAGUCUCCUCCAAAGUCACCACCAACUAGAGACUACACAUUAACUCCGGAAAGAGACGAUCAAAUUGAUGACGAUGUUCCUUUAAAUUUGUCAACGAAACCAUCGAUCAGUACCACAUCGUCACGGAAUCUACCUAGCGCCCUAAUCUGGUCACCAGCUAGUAUGUGUGAAAAGGAAACGGCCGAAUCGGACAAUAGUUUAAGUGACGGAAAAUCGUAUCCGAAACGCAAAGCUGACGGUGAUAAUGAUCGUCCGUCGAACAACAAACACUGUCGACGGAGUGAGAAUAGUGAUGUGAAAGAGUUUGUGAAAAAUUAUGAAAGUGAUCCGUCGGUUUACAGUCCAUUUAGUUCAAGAAAUUUGGAUUUGUUUUCGCAUUUCGAGAAAAACACAGACAUGCUGCGACAGAACCGCACGGAUAUUUUUAUCGUUAACAAUAAUAAUGACUUUUUUGGUGACAAAGAAUGUACACGACCGGAUUCGACGGCAAAAAAUGAAAAUCUUAAAAUGGCUGGAAGACUGGAGGACCGAAAGCGGGAACAUCGAUGUUUUCAGUGUAGAAUAUGUGCGAAAACAUUUAAAAGAUCAUCUACGUUGUCGACACAUCUAUUAAUACAUAGCGAUACUAGGCCAUACCCAUGUACCUAUUGUGGAAAACGUUUUCAUCAAAAAUCGGAUAUGAAGAAACACACGUACAUUCAUACAGGUGAAAAGCCACACAAAUGUGUUGUAUGUUUAAAAGCUUUCAGCCAAAGUUCAAAUCUAAUAACCCACAUGAGGAAACACUCGUCGUACAAACCGUUCGUCUGUAAUGCACCUCACUGUGACAAAGCAUUCCAGCGCAAAGUCGAUCUGCGUCGGCAUCGAGAGAGUCAGCACGGGGAUGUUAGUUCAACGGCACCCACGUUUCGAUUUUCCGACAUCAAAAUGGAGGUGUCCAGUAGCUGUUAACGUGAGCAUAACGCUUUAAAUUUAGUUGUAAAUUUAGUUAUUUUUUCCCAUUUUUUAAAUUGAUAGACUUUAAUCGAUUAAAAACACACAGCUGAUGUUAUCCAAAUAUUGUACAAAACGUAUCAAAUAUAUUUUUCUAAAUAAAAAAAAUGAAGGAAAAGAAAAACUGAAA